GGAAUUCAGAAACUUGUGUUCUUAGGAGCACAGUUUAUUUUGCUCCGUUAUUUCCCGGAGUCCCUGAACGCAGCACCGGACAGACGAGAUUUCCAGCCCGCGCCACUGUGACGCCAUUUAUAGAGUAUCAGAGUGCAAUGGAGGACACGUCUACAGUAGCAGGAAAACUGGAGCCGCUAGUGUUAAACAAGUCAACAAUGAACAACAACAAGGGACAAAAAUGGACAGCAUCCCAAGAAUCUCAGCAGAUGGAAUGUACACUUUCAUAUCAAGACAAGUUUCAGCCAAAGAAGAGGAAACCCUCUUCUGAAGCAUCUGCUCAUGAUUUGACAAACUCAUUUGAAACCACAGCUGCAGGGGCGAGUAGAGAUAUCAGCAUGCUGCUUACAAAGUUUGCCCAAGUGUUGAGGGAGAGAGCUGCAGCAGACACCUCCAAGAUGAAGGAGCUGGAGAUCCUUCUGACUGAAGCCAGGAACCUGGAGUCCUACCUGAAGGAGAAGAAAAGCCACCUGAAGCAAACUCUGGCUCAGAUUUCUGACAAACUUCAGGGUUGAAUCUUUAAGAUGUUGUUUUAAUGCUUCAUGAAGCAAAUGACCUAUUUCUCUUACUUUCUUGGCGUCCCAGUUUAGGUUAAAAUUCUUUCCACUCAGGUUUUCACGUUUUCUCCUUCAUUUCACACUAAGCUUAAAUGCUUAUAAAGCUGUUAAAAAAAUGUUGGAUUCUUUUUUGACAGAAUAAAAAGGAGUGUUCUAAUAAAAAAAGUUCUAAAAAAUUCU